ACUAGGGAUCACCCUGUAUCGCAGUGGCUCAAUGAGAUACAAUUUUCGCUUAAUAUUUAACAUCAAGUUAAAUAAAUAAAAUUAUACAUCAAGUCCGGUGGAAACUUAACUGAAUAAUACAGUUAAAAAAAAAUAUUAGUUUAUCUCAUUUACAGCUAUUACUACCGUUUAACAAUUCAUCCGGCAGCUUUGUAAAUUUUAACUUUAGUUAUUGAAAAUUUUAAUCAUGAUACUCUUAUCUUUCAUUUUCGGGCCCGUACAAAGAUAAUACGAGUCGAGUCGAACGGUUCGCCAGUCGGCCUGGAACGUGUUAAUAUUUUGGUAGAUUUACUGGUAAAUAAUGGUAACACUUCAAUUUGACAGUCAGAUGUUUUUGACAUUUGUCGGAAAACUAUCAAUGGAAUUCCGGGAUAUUUUCCUGUUUUAGAUUAGUUUUGUUUCAUAAAAUACAUUGAAAUAUAAGUAUAAAAUAUAAUGUUGAUUAACGGGAAUAUGCCAUUAUGGUUUAGGCCCGCCGAACUGCACCACUUUAAUUGGUUGUUUAGUGUGGCUCCAUGCUUCGCUGUUCACUCUUCAAAAAUUAAUAUUAUAACAGAUCCUCGAAUCUUUUACGAUACUUUAUGUGAGAGAUUUAGGAAAGCCGAUAAACGAAUAUCCGUCGCUAGUCUGUACAUAGGUACAGGGAUCUUGGAACGUAGGUUAUUAGAUAUUACUAAAGAGACUGUCCACACGAAAAACUUGAAGUUUAAUGUUCUUUUGGACUAUCAGAGAGGGACGCGUGGCGAGGAGAACUCCAGGACUUUGUUGCAAGAUUUUUUGGAUGAAAUGCCGACUCAGUGUAUUGUGUCUUUGUAUCAGACUCCUCGACUUCAGGGGUCAUGGUCUAAAGCUUUACCCUCUAGGUAUAAUGAGUUGGUAGGCCUGCAACACAUGAAACUAUAUAUAGCGGACGAUACAGUGCUGCUGAGUGGUGCCAACUGUUCCACUGACUACUUCCAGCAGAGACAAGAUCGCUAUAUUGAGAUAGAAGAUCCUGAUAUUGCAGACUUCUAUAGUGAACUCAUAGAGGAAGUUAGUGCUUUUAGCAAAAAAUGUGAACGAGGUGGAUCUGUGAAAGGAUUUCAAAGAAAGUUGACUAAAGAUAUGAUGAUGAAUGUAGUCAAUAUGAGAAUGAGAGAUUUCACAGAGAAGUGGAAAGCCCAGCAGGGAUCUAACUAUUAUAAAGUUUUUGGAGAUUUAAAUAAAGACACAUGGGUAUUCCCUCUCAUCCAAAUGGGAGAGUUUGGCAUCAGACAAGAUGAACAAGCAACACUAAGUUUAUUGUCAUCUGCCCCUGAGGGCUCUUGCAUUCGCUUAGCUACUGGAUACUUCAAUUUGACGGAACAAUAUGCUUCGGCGUUGUUGAAGGACUGCAAUGCAAAUGUCAGCCUGCUCAUGGCUCAUCCUAAUGCAAAUGGUUUCCUAGGAGCUGCUGGACCGGCGGGAGGGAUUCCACAUGCCUACUCCCUCAUAGCACAACAGUUUAAAAAGAAAAUAGAAGAUUUAGAUCAAUCUGAGAGAAUUCGAAUGUUUGAAUACCAACGCCCUGGAUGGACUUUUCACGCGAAAGGAUUGUGGUAUUAUCCACCCGGCAGCAAUGUGCCUUGGGGAACUAUAGUUGGCUCUGCAAACCUGGGAGAGCGGUCAGUGCGUCGCGACUUGGAAGCACAGGCCGUCAUCUUUACGUCAUCGCCAGAGCUUCAGAUGAGGCUUCACGAUGAGUGCGCCGAGCUGCACAAAUAUGGUACCGAGUGCAAUAAGGAGCUGCAGGAGCGACAAGUGCCUUUGUGGGUGCGUGCCACCGUCGGCUUGUUUAGAACGUACUUCUAAAUACUAUUUUAAGGGCCUGCUCACUCGACGGGGACGGAUGGGCGGGCCUUUCGGAUAAUUUCGCCGCACCCGAUAGAACAAAGGGAUUUGCAUACUGUCCAAGCAUGCGCCGGCUAUAAUGACCGCGCCGCUGAUGCUCCCUGCGUACGCGGAUUUUAUUGCUUCGCGGUGUAAAUACCUAUCUGCCCCAGACGUCCCGUCGUCUACACGGGCUUUGAUACGACCAUACUAGGGGCCUCAAUAAUAACCCUGACAUCAGAGUUGGUAAGGUUACAACAAUACUUACGUCAUUUAUCAAAUUAAGGUUUUAGUCGGGAGGUCAGAUGGUAGCUUUUGUAAAAAAAUACUUGACAAUAACUUUACGUUGGGUGCUUAGCUCACCUACUCCCCGUGAAAGCAGGACAAAUGCUAGGAAGAUGACCAUUCAUCAAGCCUUGCAGUUUUAUAGACAGUAUUAUAUAUUUAAUUGCCAAAGCAACAGAGAAUGUUUAAUUAUUUUAAGACUUAAACCAUUAUUCGAAGCAAUACUAUGUUAUUUUAUAAUUACGGACAGACUACAGGGCUACCGGAUCUCAAAAAGUUGCACAUGACUUCAUAUGAGCGUAUGAACUUGUUAGUUAUUUGUUUUUUAGCUUGUUGUAGAUGUAUCUUGUGAUAUUUGUUAUAGUUUUGUUAUCGGAUAUGCAAUGAAGUUAUUAUAAUGA